AGGAAUAAAGAGGAAAAUGUAGCUUUAAAAGCAGAAAUUUACAGGAAAGCAAAUACCUUCAAUUCACAAUGCCUUUUCUGGAACUAAUGAUUAUUUUUAUGCUUCAGUUUAAAGGCAUCAGUGGAGAAACUUUACAUUUGUUUGCAAGAGCUGGAGAUCAAGUACUUUUGCCUUACUGUGCUAAUUCAUCUUCUCAGUCAUUCUCUGAAGUGAACUGCUUGUACCAAAAAGAUAAAAGUACAUCAGGAAAUGUUGUCAUAAGAGGAGACGUUGUUCAGAGUUCUGCUGGAGCUUCCAGGCUGAGUGUGAGCAGAAACUCUCUGCUGAUGAGAAACAUCAGCGCUGAAGAUGCUGGACUUUAUGUCUGUAUUCAACCUCAAUGUCCUGCUUUUAUUUACCUAAGUAUCUUGAGCAUCUCUCCAUCUCCACCAGAUCUUCAUGGAAAUGUCAAACUACAUUGUUCUCUCAUUAGCAUUGAUGACCAAGUUUCUUGUCAGCGCAGCAGCAUCUUGUGGGAGAAUGAAACAGGAAAUGAGCUGAUUGGUGAAAAAGCUGAGUUGGAGGUUGGAGGACGGAGAAACUGUGAUUCUGUUCUGACUGUGAAACAUACGACUGAAAACAACAGAAGAUUCACCUGCAAGUUUGUAAAGAACAAAGAAGUGAAGAUAGAUGCUGUCUAUGUUGCAGCCUUUACAGAUCGUAACCAUAGCAGCACAUCUAUCAUAACUGGAGCUAUGGUCAGUGUGGUGUUGAUGCUUCUGGCUGUCAUCACUGCUGUUCUCUUCAAACGAAGGAAAGCCAAAGUGACCGGUGAUCAAAAAAGUGAAGCAGAUCUUCAAAAAUUGACAUAUCGCAAUAGUGACCUGACGUAUGCCACUGUAAUCCAUUUGAGUCCAAAGACUUUUCCCAAAACAACGGUCAACAAGGAAGAAGCUGAAGUGACUUAUUCUGCUGUUAGAGUGAAAUGAUAGAAUCAGAUCUUCACGUCCUCCAGCUUUCUGUGUUUUCCAGCCCCUGAUGGAAAAGUGGACACUUUAAUGUGUUUGGAACGGAAGGACAGAGCAAACAUGCAGGAGACCAGGAUAAUGGGGGAAACUCAAAGGUUUAAGGAAUUAAACAUGAACAGAAUUAACUGUGAAACAAGGAAGAAAAUCUGAAAAGACAGACUGACUUGAUGACCCAGCAGGAGAUACUUUGCUGCAGUGGUAGUUCUCACCACUGCAGUCAAUGUCACGUCACACCACACCAGAAUAAGGUUCUGCAGCCCUUUUCAAGUCAACACCUGCUAGGCCGUGGGUGUAUCAAAGGAAAGUGCACACUGAGGUCUAGAUAAAUGCAGUUUAUUGGAGCUCAGGUGGAAAUGAAACAGGGACACUGCCAGAUGCUCAGAGGAGUCUGUAACAGAAACACAAAGAGGGGCAAUGUUUAGCAGGUUUUGGGAAAAUUGCACUGGAAGCAGUUCUCCACCUCCGGAGACGCCAAAGUAGAGAUAGAUGGCACCUUGAAAUCCGUAUAGAGUCCAGACCAGGUUCGUGCACGUGAAAUCCAAUCCAGAGAUCCAGGCUUUGGCAACACUCCAGGGUGCAGACUUGACACAACAUCCAACAAUAGAAGUAGGGAUCAAAAACCAGCAGGCAGAACCAUUAUCUUCAACAGGCUUGAAUGAGGGCCAAGAACACAACAACCUGGUAGAGCUGGGUAGAAGGAUCAAUCAGUGGAGUCAGGAGAGUGAAUAAGUAUGGAAAGCUAUGAGGGCCAAAAUCCUGACAAUGCCAAACUGAACUGCUAUUUGCUGCUGAGGGGAAUAACUAGAGCCACACCUCUUAAUGUCUCACAUUCCUUAAGCGAUUUGAUUAUUCCCCCUGAAGAGGGUCACAAAGGUGGCUCCUCUUCAUGCUCCCUGUCUAUUACCAUAAGUCACUGUUACUUAAACAUUGUCUCUAAAGCAUAAUGCUUUACAUGAGCCAUGAAUUGUUCUUGAAUCUUUUCCUUUAGGCAGCUUUUUUUUUAUUGUUUUGUUACUUAUUUAAUUGUUUUCUGAAAGAUCAUAACUGUGGGAAAUGAUGGGAAAUUGAUGACAAAGAAUCAGCUGUCUUCCACACUGAUAUUUAUGCAGAUCAAGCUGAACCACAAGAAAAAACAAACCUUUUGGAUUUUUAGUAAAACUAUGUAACUAUGUGCAUUUUUUCUGGGUCAAGAUCACAAUUACAGUUCCUCAACAAAAUAAACAGAAAAACAACAAGCUGACGUUUUAGUUUCCAAGUCUGCCCCCAAGUGGCACCAACACAACAUGACACCUUUACCUCCCUGGACAGUUGCUCUUUUAACCUUUGUGCUAUCUUAGAUGACCCCACCCUUACAUUUAUGUGUUCUCCCUACCAUGGCAAAGGUGGAUAAAGGUGAAGAGGAUUUCAUGUAAUC